GAGCACUAUGAAAAGUAUGAUGGGUUUGUGAUCCUUCAUGGCACUGAUACCAUGGCCUAUACAGCUUCAGCCUUGUCCUUCAUGUGUGAGAACCUGGGGAAAACUGUUGUUCUGACAGGAUCUCAGGUGCCCAUAUAUGAGCUGCAGAACGAUGGCCGAGACAACCUCCUGGGGGCAUUGCUGAUGGCUGGGCAGUUUGUGAUUCCUGAGGUGUGCCUGUAUUUCUAUAAUAAACUGUACAGGGGAAAUCGGGUGACUAAGGUGGAUGCUGGGAGUUUCAAUGCCUUUUCCUCACCUAACCUGCCUCCACUUGCAAAAGCUGAGGUUGAUAUUACAAUCAACUGGGAAACAGUGUGGAGAGCCAAUACCAAAAAGAAAUUCCGAGUUCACACCCACAUGAACAGGAACGUUGGACUUCUGCGACUCUUCCCAGGAAUCACUGCUGCUGCUGUCAAAGCAUUUCUUCAGCCUCCAAUUGAGGGCAUUGUACUCGAAACUUAUGGAAGUGGCAAUGCCCCAAACGAGAGAGAAGACUUGCUGGAAGAACUGAAGAAAGCAGCUGAACGCAAAGUAGUGAUUCUGAACUGUACCCAGUGCUUACGUGGGUCUGUUAAAACUGUCUAUGCCACAGGGCAGACUCUUGCUGAUGUUGGAGUCAUUCCUGGAGGUGAUAUGACACCAGAGGCAGCCCUAACUAAACUGUCAUACACGCUCAGCAAGAGAAACCUUAGCUGGGAGGAGAAGAGGCAGAUGCUGAGUGAGAACCUAAGAGGAGAAAUGACUGUUGUACCCACAGAAGCCAAGAUUUCUCUGAGAGAUAGCAAGUUUAUUCAAGUGAUUGCCAAAUCUCUAAGUAUCAGCAGCAAGGAGGAGUUAGAAUCAGUAAGAGAUGCAUUAAUUCCACCUUUGGCUUGUGCAGCAGCUAAACUGGGAGACAUAGAUGCACUCAGAGCCAUAACAGAAAUGGGUGGAAACUUGAGCUGUGAAGACUAUGAUGGCCGAACCCCACUCCAUAUUGCAGCCUCUGAAGGGCAUUUGCAAUUAGUUGAGUAUCUGUUGACGUCUGGAGCGACUGUUUAUGCUAGAGACAGAUAUGGAUCAACCCCACUGAUGAAUGCGAUCAAGUUCAGGCACAUAAAAGUGAUUAACUUGUUACGAGAAACGGGAGCACAUCUUUCAAGCCAGGACUUGGAGAACAUUGGAACAAUCUUCUGCAGCCUUGCAGCUAAAGGUGAUGUGGAUGGGUUAUAUGCCUGGUACCUAGCUGGUGCAGACCUGGAGCAAGCUGGUUAUGAUGGCAGGAAUCCCUUACAAGUAGCAGAAGCUACAGGGCAGAAGGAGGUUCUUGAGUUCCUUAGACAAAAGCAGUAA